UACAGCCCUGCCCGAGGUGGGAGGAUGUGAUGACGUGGGCCCACUCAGCGGGAACUCGGGCCUUUAAAAAGCUGAAGAAACAGCCUCCGAGUAAACGGUGGUUCCACGGGAGGAAAGCACGCCCUGUCACAUUAAAGAAGCCAAACUGUCUGCUUCAAAGAGAAGAGGCAACAUCCUGUCACAGGCCAUGCUCUGGCAAAAAGCUCCAGAGCAAGCUCCUGCCCCACCAAGGCCAUACCAGGGUGUUCGAGUCAAGGAGCCAGUGAAGGAGCUACUGAGGAGAAAGCGUGGCCAUGCCAGCGGUGGGGCAGCUGGUCCACCAACUGCGGUGGUGCUGCCUCACCAGCCCCUGGCGACCUACAGCACAGUGGGUCCUACCUGCCUGGACAUGGACGUUUCUGCUUCCACAGUGACAGAGGAGGGGACAUUGUGUGCUGGCUGGCUCUCCCAACCUGCCCCAGCCACCCUUCAGCCCUUGGCCCCGUGGACGCCCUACACGGAGUAUGUCUCCCACGAAGCUGUCACUGGCCCCUACUCAGCUGACAUGUAUGUGCAGCCUGUGUGCCCCAGCUACACAGUGGUGGGACCCUCCUCGGUGCUGACCUAUGCUUCCCCGCCACUCAUUACUAAUGUCACGCCAAGAAGCACUGCUGCACCUGCAGUGGGGCCCCAGCUGGAGGGCCCAGAGCACCAGGCACCCCUCACCUAUUUCUCGUGGCCUCAGCCCCUUUCCACGCUGCCCACCUCCGGUCUGCAGUACCAGCCUCCAGCCCCAGCCCUGUCUGGGCCCCAGUUUGUCCAGCUCCCCAUCUCUAUCCCAGAGCCAGUCCUUCAGGACAUGGAUGACCCCAGAAGGGCCAUCAACUCCCUGACCAUUGACAAGCUGCUGCUGGAGGAAGAAGAAAGCAACACCUAUGAGCUUAACCACACCCUCUCUGUGGAGGGCUUUUAGAGCUGCUUGCAUCUAAACAGCCCUUUCAGCGGAAACUGAGAUUUAAAAUGAGUUCAGACGGAGCCCAGGCUUCUGUGUGUUUGAACUAGCAAUAUCAUAGGUUCCCUUUCUACCUUAGGCUAAACUGUAGUCCUUCCCUCCUCCCUUCUCUUCUCCCUUCCCUCCACUUUCUCCCUUCCCCCAACUCUAUCUCUCUUCUCUCUUCUUUCUUCUUCCUCUGGAGGGGGAAAUUAUAGUGAUCGUAUAAAUAAUAUUUUAUACCAAAUGUCACCAAGUCUGCAGCUCAGAGUUUUCCUUAUCUGUCACACCACUAGGGAAGUAGCCUUCUCUCAGGUGCCCCCAUGCUUCUGGUAACAGUAGCAUCAUAGAUCUACUCUAAGACCAGUUACCCACUCUGCCAUUGUGAGAUGCAUGGCCCAAAGGGAGGCCAAAGCUGCCAUCUCCUCCCUGCUGAGUAGGCCAUGGACAGAUGCUGUCAUGUCCCACAGUUGUUUUUGUUUUGUUUUGUUUUGCUUUUGCUAUUCUCAGCCCUGGCCAGAUUUCUUGUCUAAGCAGAUGUCUUGGUCUGUUUAGAGGGGAUGGGACAGGACUAUCAGGGUGAGGAGUCAGUGUGUGAUGGGAGAAAGGGCUGAGGAGGAGCAGGACACAUGAGUGUGUCUGUGGUUAGAGAGGGAUGGAGGGAGGGAAGGCUGAGGAGUGAACUAACUCCAGGUAUAAUCAGCUUUGAAAAAAAAUUAUUUUAACCUGGUCAGCUGAUCUUGACAGCAAUAGUGAGGAAAGCUCGGUAUGGUAAACAGGAUAAAUGACAUGUCAGCCCACUUCUGCCCCUCUGCUGGCCCUCACACAUGAUGUGAGCACUUAACAUUGCUUUUGUCAGGGUUUUGUCACAGUGACAGGAAAAGACACAGGCGAAGCCUGCCAGUGAUGAAGGUCCCACUUAGUUCUUCCAUGUGGGAUUUUAUUGUGAAUACUCUACCAGCCAUCAUGAUGCCAUCCUCCCGUCCUCUCAUGAUCUUUCUCUGGGGUUCUGGAGUCCCAGUCAGCAGGCACAUUUCAAUUUUUAGUGUAUUUUUGCUGGAGAAACAUAACAUUUGCUAUGGUGUGUUUUGCUGUUUCUAGGGUGCCCUGCUCUGAAGAGGAUGUGUUUUGAGGAACUGGCAUGCUGUUUGGUAAUGGUGCCAUCAUCACCUAGGCACAAGUUUUAGUCUGUAGAAUCCAUGGAGCAGUAAUAGACAUUUCUGGAAAAUGACAGUUUCUUUGAUGCCCCACCCCCAUUCUUUUCCAUUUUCAAUGAAAACUCAGUGAAAGCCACUUAUCCUUUUUUUUUUUCCCAUAUAUCCCAAUAUCUGCCUAAAAUCCAAGUAUGCUUAUCUUGAAUUUUAUUCCUCUUUAAAGUUUAGAUGAACUGUUAGAUUCUAGAUGAUAAGGUUACACUUUUAUUGGUAGUUACUGUGAACAAGAAAAAGAGGGGGAGGCCUCAGCCUAUUUAAUUAAGGCCCUGUUGUAUUUAAAAACACUAUUCAAGAUUUCCCAGUCAUUUGAAGAUUUGAGACAAUGCAGCAGUGGCAUUCACAUCAGAGUUAAUGCUGGGAAAACAAACGAAACAGCUAAGAAAGUAGUGUGAGCAUUUGCUAGGGUUAAGAUGGUAUCUUCUCUUUUCUUAUCUUGAGAACCCAACUCUUGGCUGCAGAUUUCCUCCUGAGUUAUUCUACUCAUGCAACAUU